AUGUGGCUGCCGCAGAAUCUAGCUGACGACAAGCUCAUGCGUGGCUCACAUCGGGGCUUUAGCCCCAGAUCGAGCACGCACUGGUUUCUGGACUUCCCGCACAAGCAUGUGCAGUGUGCUACUGGCGGGCUGUCAGGCCGGGGUGACACUUGGAGGACAAGAUGUGGAUAUCUGAUCCGCGCCUCGGCCCACCUCCGCAUGCCACCCACACCGUACGCAAUGCGGAAGGUUCUAGGCCGAACUCGGCUGCUCCUUGCUGCUCUGAACGCGGCCAGGCAGCAACAUGCGCACGUCGUCCCCCACGUGCCCGAAGGUCCUGUUGACGACGCUCGACACGACCCUUGGUUAAAUGGAUCGCAGUUAUCAACACGCCAGAUUGAUGGCUCGUUGGCUGGAGAAGGCGAAAAAGGCCCGUCCGUGUCCGGGCCACUGAGGAAUUCGGACUGUUUGGCACGACGUCGGUUUGACAGAAGUCUUGGGCCGAUCAGCAUGUUCGCUCAGCACCCCAGCUCGGACCCCGGAACCCCUCACGAUCGACGUCGCUCAAGACACCUUCCCCGCUCCGGUCUGCUCCCGGGAGCCGAGCCCUGUCAAGGAAACGUUGCGUGGUCCCGCACCGCCCAAGAUAGCGGACAGUACGCCCCGCAUCGCUGA